UUAACGAAGUGGAAUGACAGCGCUACUAGGAAUGGCGGCCAGGGUCACUAGAGGAAGGAGCCCAAAGAGCCCGAAACUUUACUUCGCACGGGCCCGCUGAAGAGUUGAAAUCUGACGAAACGCACGAACCCCCUUUUUCUUCUUGCGGACGAAACACGUUGUCUUUUGACGUGCGAUACUUUGGGUCGAAUCGCAUGCUUAGCUCGCCGUUACAAUUGCCGACGAGUUAGAUCCAAGGUAGCCGCUAGCCAGCUGUUGGAUCCCUUGCAUGGCUGGCCCAACAAGUUAACCAAGUGACUAACUGCAUUAAAGCAAUCGCCAUUCAAAGUUAAAUGGUGAUCGUCUAUCGCUAGCAACAGCGACUAUUUGGCGACAACAGAGCGAGAGAGGGAGAGGGGCGUCGCGGGGUACCAGUUUGUCAUUGCCACUUGAGAACAUAAUUAGUGCUAAUCUUAACGCUAGCUUCACAGCUAGCUAAGUUGUGAUCCUGAAGUAUCGCCCAUUUUCGGAUCCUGCCCCAGCUACUGGCUCGGGGGCUCAUCGACAGCCCCGUUAGUCUGCCUUGAAAGAGGUAUCUGCAGUACGAUGGAAAGUCUAACGUUGAGUGAUGUCGAGCAGAAAUAUUACUCGGAUUUGUUCGUUUACUGCGACACGGACAACACCAAAAAAGUGGCUUCUUAUGGAAGAGUUCUUGACCUAUUCCGGGCGGCCCAGCUACCUAGCGAAGUUGUCAUACAGAUCACAGAAUUGUGUGGAGCCACUCGGCUGGGUCACUUUGGACGAAGCCAGUUCUACAUCGCCCUAAAGCUCAUUGCCAUCGCCCAGUCGGGCCUGCCGCUCAGAGUGGAAAGCCUCAACUCUGUCAAGGACCUGCCACUGCCAAGGUUUGUGGUGGGCAAGAACGAAGCUGAGACGAGACACGUUGCGCUUUACCAGGACCCGGACAGUCAGGGGUUGUACCCGGCCUCUGCCGCUGCGUUAAUGCCAAGGCCACCAGGCAGGGGUCACCAAAACAAAAAAGUCCCCACCUCCGCUAGCGCCCAUCCCGUCCACGAGGCAGUUCAGCCGACAGCACCUAGCAUAGAAACACAGCAGGCAGAGCCAACAUCCCCUGUGGUCUCUCCUCAUCAGUCCCCGCCCACCUCCCCACCUUCCUGGAGAAAACACAAGCGGCAGCACAGUGGUGGAAACGCAGACAGGCAACCAGUAGUGGCCCCGGCCGGAGUCGUGUGGACCCAGUUCCGAGAGAAACAAACUGCUCCCGUGGCAGGUGAUGGGUUGUGGGCGUCACAAUCGCCCCCUCUUCCGGGUCAGGAAAGUUGGGUCAGUUUCACAGCUGACACGCCGCCAUCAAGCACAGUCCCUGGAGCGCAUCCCUCGUCUGUACAGGAAAGCACAACGAUACGAACACCGAUGGCCCCAGCAGCAACUACCAACGAGAUCCAGCGACAGUCCAGUGGCUAUGACGAUCCCUGGAAGAUCACGGACGAACAGAGACAGUAUUAUAUCAACCAGUUCAAAACCAUUCAGCCGGACCUUACUGGUUUCAUACCAGGUUCAGCAGCAAAAGAGUUUUUCACCAAGUCCAAAUUGCCCAUUUUAGAGUUGUCACAUAUUUGGGAGCUUUCGGACUUUGACAAAGAUGGCGCACUAACGCUGGAUGAAUUCUGCGCUGCAUUUCACUUGGUAGUCGCCAGGAAGAAUGGUUACGACCUCCCCGAGAAGCUGCCCGAGAGCUUAAUGCCAAAGCUGAUUGACCUAGAUGACUCAGCAGAAGUCCCCGAGUCAACACCCGAUGUCGGGUUUUCGGCCUCCCCUGCCGAGGUGACGCCUAACAAGUCUCCCUCCAUGCCCUCGCUCACCCAAGCUUGGCCAGAGAUGAACCAGAGCAAUGAGCAAUGGGAGACGUUUAGCGAGCGCUCCUCCAGCUCACAAACUCUGACCCAAUUUGACUCUAACAUUGCACCAGCUGACCCUGACACAGCCAUCGUCCAUCCUGUUCCCAUCCGGAUGACCCCCAGUAAGAUCCACAUGCAGGAGAUGGAGCUAAAGAGGACUGGCAGUGAUCACAACCAUCCGACCAGUCCUAUCCUGGCCAAACCGGAAGUGUCUGAAGAAGUCAAGCUAUCGGUACCUGCCACUAUGAAGUUUGUACCAGCAAAUGCUGCAGGUGAUGGUUAUAGCAGUUCUGACUCCUUCACCUCCGACCAGGAACCAGUUGCAAGACAAAGGUCUCAGUCGGGUGCUUCUCCGGAAGCUCUAAAAGUGGUAGCGCCGCCUCCCCCUCCCCCCCGGCCUCACCCGUCACACUCCCGCUCCUCCUCGCUGGACAUGAACCGCAACUUCGCUGCGGCCUCAGCUACGGGACAGCCGCAGCCCGCUGCCAUAGCUUUCCCACCCGCAGUGCCUCCUCGACCGCUUCCUACUCAGUCAUCAGCACCGCACACUGGACAACGCGCCGAGGCUGAGGGAGCAACGGGAGCGGCGGCUGCGCUCACCACCACGUCCCCCCAGCAGAUCCCACAGCAACCCAAUUUUGCAGACUUCAGUCAUUUUCAGGCCUUCGCCGCAUCUGAGCAACCUUCGAGCUUGCCGGAGGUCGACAAUUACAGCGAUCCUGGACAGGGGGACAAGUCGUCAGAAGGAGCUGGGCCCCUACGAACAGUCAAAAGUGACGGCCAGGCCGAUGAAAGAACUACCACCACUGUUAACUCUACUAAGGGUUCAUCUGGCCCUUUAGCUCCUCCUCCCAAGCCUAUUCGUCGCAGGUUGAAGUCUGAGGAUGAAUUGCGGCCUGAGGAUGAGCAGCACGUGCCGCAGAAGCCCAACAUCAUAGCAGCUGCCUUGGCUGCUCAGCCCUCAAUCCCCAGGUCGGUAGGUAAGGACAAAAAGGCAAUACAAGCGUCAAUCAGAAGAAACAAAGAAACAAACACGGUGUUGGCAAGACUAAAUAGUGAACUGCAACAACAGCUGAAGGACCUGCUUGAAGAAAGAAUAUCUUUGGAAGUGCAGCUGGAGCAGCUCAGACCUUUCUCCCAUCUUUAACCAACACCAAUAAGGUGGUUGUAGUUUCUCCAAAGCAAGGCUGCGCCCUUGGUGGGGAUGCCACCCCCCCACCCUCCAUCCCCUUACUUUCCUCUCCCUCCCAUCCGCAGCGUGCACCUUGUUUAAGCCCCGCACUUGCUUAUCGGGUGUACAGCUUAGCGAGCCGGGGAGCACAGUGUGGCCGUGAGAGCACGAGAAGAGAAGACGUGAGUUAUUCUUCAAUGUGGCACUUUUCAAUUUUCUCUCCAGAGAGAUGAAUCCAUGGCCGACAGCUUAGUGGGGAAGCAGUGUUGGACAUUUGGCUGCAGCUACGAGUUCUGUCCGAAGAGAUAACUGCUGGUGAACGAAUGUGUGUGUGUGACUGCGUGUGUUUGUGUGUGUGUGAAAGGGACAUCUGUUAAAUGUCUGGACUGAAGUACCAGUGUUGUCAACACACCAAUCUACAGUUUCAAGAGUUCUUUAGCCAAUUUUUUUAAAGGGAGUUUCACACUGAACUCCUGUAAAUAACUAAUAUUGAAUACAGUUAUUCAAUAUUGUCAAACUAUGAUCACAAUCAGUUAAAAAAAAAAAGACAAAUGUUACAAUGUGUUUACCACUGAAGAGCCAUUUUCAAAUCUCAAAUUUUGUGACUUGUUUGGCGUGGUCUCUGGGAAAGGAGCCUCGGUUUGUUUGAAUGGGUUCUGAUUUAUGCCAAAUGACUGAACUAUCACUGCUGUCUCGCCUCUGUUUGGUCCGUUUUUCAUAUUUGUUUCCAUCAUAUCGGGAUCACCAUUUUUUUGUUUUUUUUAAAGCCCAUUUUCAUCGCAGCUUUAUGUUCCAGUCUCCUUUUAUGUAAAGGGAGCGUUUAAGUCAAUUCCAGCUACAUUUAUGAAGGACUCGGAAUGAGAAGCUACCCCGUCAUUUCCCUUUUCGACAAAGGUCCAGAGUUGAUAUUUUCAAUCAUUUGCCGGAUGACGUCGGCACUAUGCAAGUUUGAGGGCGAUACAUCUCCACAGCUGUUAGAUCUUAGAAAUAGUAGCAACUGUGUCUUUGUAUCACGGAUCUUCCAGGACACAAUCUACUGUAAAUGUUCCAAGAGGGAAACAAUUCCCAAAUCAGUGUUUCGCACUUUCAGCCUAAAUCCGUAUUAGAAAAAAAACAUAUUAACGAGUAGUGAUCAGGUA